AUGUUAGUGAAGACUGCUGCUGUGGCUCUUAACCCCUGUGAUUAUAAAAUGCCAUUGAGGUUUCCGACUCCUGGUCUCUGGAAUGGAUGUGACUUUUCAGGCACUGUAGUUGCGGUAGGAAGCGAGGUUGCUGCACAGGGACGAUUCCGUCUCGGGGAUCAGGCCUUCGGUGCUGUUCAAGGCUCAAAUCUGUCAGAUCCAUCGUCUGGAGCCUAUUGCGAGUACAUUCGAACCGAACCAGAUCUUAUUUUCCAUGUUCCUCAGGGAAUGGACCUUGAAAAUGCCCCUUCCCUCUCAGGAACCGCAAUUGCGACUCUUGGGGUUGCUCUUUUUUGGUCACUUCAAUUGCCCGGAACAUUGCACACACCGGCACCCAAAGCCGAGGAUGUUCUCAUAUACGGCGGAAGUAGCACUAUAGGGCUACUUGCAAUUCAGAUGGUGAAACUCUGCGGCCACCGGGUGAUCACCACAUGCUCCCAUCACAACCACGACUUGGUGACAUCAUACGGAGCAGAUAUAGUCUUUGAUUAUAACUCUCCAACUUGUGCCGAAGAUAUUCGAGCGGCCACAAACAACACUUUGCGCUUUGUCCUUGAUCCGUUUGCGGAAGCCAAGACUCUGCGGUUGUGUUAUGCAGCCAUCGGUCGCACUGGAGGAAAGUACUGUGCACUCGAGCAAUAUCAGGAAACUCUCUGCUCGAGAAAGACAAUCAAACACGAACUAGUCAUGGGAGGUGCCAUUUCUGGACGAGGUGUUGAGCUCCCAGCCCCAUACGGCAUUCCACCAAGACCCGAGAUUGGGGUCUGGGCUCGGUCAUGGUACGCAGAACUCCAAGAAUUGAUCAACAGUGGAAAGCUUAGACCCUGUCCAAUCCAAAAUGUUCCGGGCCAAUUUGAAGGGAUCUUGGAGGGCUUGGACAUGCUACGAAAUGGAAAGGUUUCUGGGAAGAAGCUCCUCGUCAGCAUAACCACGAAAUAA